GAGAGAGGUACAGACGGGACAUGAGAACAAAGCAGGAAAUAACUUCUGAAUACAGACGAAAAAACUGAGUAGAAAUUGGAUAGGAGGAGCAGAAAACGUGAUUAGCGUGAGAGAAAAGAAAAGGCGGGACAGAAAGAAUAUAGUGUUAGAAGGGGGGAGGAGGAAGGGGGAUGUAAUGACUGAUGCUUCACCCUCCUGCAGUUUGAUGUGACGCAGCCUCGAGCCUGAAGACAGAGCAACACGUGGAGGGACCUUGGUGCUGAUCAACGAGGCAAGAUGUCAUAUCAGAGCGGAAAAGCUACAAGGCACCAAAAGCCCACAAAGGGGUGAAUCACGGAGGAUGGACCCAUGCCUUUCCAUUGGCAAGAUCUGACGAAAACAACUUCUGAAUCCUAAGAGUGCCGUGUACCUGGGGUCGAUUUCAGUUUGAAACAUCAAGAGUCUAUCAGUGUUGGACCAUUAAUAUACUUCACACAAGAGCGAACCCCUACGCGCCAUAAUGGAGAGCAUUGGCGCUCAAACACCUCCGUUCCCACGCUUUAAGCAUCGUUUCUGAUUCAAGCAUCCUGUGAAUGCACCAGGCAGCUUGUCCUUACAGUAAACAGUGAACAGCCCUUGGCUUAAGAUGAACUUUGCCAACAACAACAACAACUGUACAAGCACUGAAGCUCUCCGGACGUACCAGCACAAACUGUAUGCGGUGGUGUACAGUGUGAUCUUAGCGCCAGGCCUGCUGGGAAAUGUGCUGGCCCUCUGGGUGUUCAAGGUUUACAUCAGAGAAACCAAGAAAGGGGUGGUGUUCAUGAUUAACCUGGCUGUGGCCGACCUGCUACAGGUACUCUCGCUGCCUCUGCGGAUCUACUACUACCUCACCGACACCUGGCCCUUUGGUCGACCUCUCUGCAUGAUAUGCUUCUAUCUCAAGUACGUCAACAUGUACGCCUCCAUCUUCUUCCUGGUGUGUGUCAGCGUGCGUCGCUGUCAGCUCAUCAUGCGUCCGCUGAGGUUCAACUCGUCCAAGCAACUGAGACUGCCAAGCCUGGGUGAUGAUGUGUUGCAGUCUCUCUCAGAGGCCCUGCGUGUCUCUGCACAAUAG